UUCAAUUAGACUGACAUCUCCGCCGCUUUGUCUCUUUCUCUCAGAUGCACACGUAGCCACUCGCGUCUAUAAAGCGACGACAGUCAUCUCCUCCCUCAGAAUUUACCUUGACCCACGCACUCUUUCAAACACACAAACAGUCACGGAGUCGGAGAAACGCUGUCAUGGAGAAGGCCGUUCAGGACCCAUGGCGACCCAACUUGCUCCAUUGCUCGUUGCUCCCGCCACCAGAGACCCCUCGGGAGCCCAUGGAGUUUCUCUCCCGGUCGUGGAGCGUCUCGGCGCUGGAGGUCUCAAAGGUUCUGGCCCCACCACAAAUGGUGGCAUUGUCGAAGACCUCCAGUGGUGUUGGUGCUGGUGUUAAUGGCGAAACUAUAAUGGAGGACUUGGCCGGGGAGUUGGAGGAGAGUGCUACGGUCUCCGGGAACCCCUUUUCUUUUGCUUCGUCUGAGACCUCUCAGAUGGUCAUGGACAGGAUUAUGUCUCAGUCGCAGGAAGUAUCACCACGCACCUCAGGCAGGCUCUCACAUAGCAGUGGCCCUCUCAACGGCUCCUUAACCGAUAGCCCACCUGUCUCCCCCUCCGAAAUGGACGACGUAAAGCAGUUUUGCCGCUCAACCAAUCCUCUUAACACCCAAUACCGAACCGCCACCACUCCUGGCGGAGCUGGUGGCGGAGGGAAGACUGUGGGGAGGUGGCUGAAGGACAGGAAAGAGAAGAAAAAGGAAGAGACCAGGGCCUACAAUGCCCAGGUUCAUGCUGCUGUUUCGGUGGCUGGGGUGGCUGCCGCCAUGGCUGCUAUAGCUGCUGCCACCGCAGCAUCCUCGGGGGCAGGGAAGGACGAUCAGUUGGCAAAGACGGACAUGGCAGUGGCGUCGGCUGCUACGUUGGUUGCCACCCAAUGCGUCGAGGCAGCGGAGGCCAUGGGAGCCGAGCGUGAGCACCUUGCUUCGGUGGUAAGCUCCGCCGUGAACGUCAGGUCGCCUGGGGAUAUAAUGACAUUAACUGCUGCGGCUGCAACAGCUUUACGUGGAGCGGCCACACUGAAGGCAAGGGCAUUGAAGGAAGUUUGGAAUAUAGCAGCUGUUAUACCGGUGGACAAGGGAAUUGGUGCUGGGGGUAACGGUAACAACGGCAGUAACGGUAAUUCCAAUAGUAGCUUCAGUGGUGAGCUUGUUCCUGAAGAAAAUUUUCUGGGAAUCUGCAGUAGAGAAUUACUUGCUCGAGGAGGUGAGCUGCUCAAGCGCACCCGCAAAGGUGAUCUUCACGGGAAAAUAGUGUCUGUUUACAUCAACAAAAUGAAUCAGGUUAUGCUGAAAAUGAAGAGCAGGCAUAUUGCUGGGACCAUCACAAAGAAGAAAAAGAAUGUGGUGUUGGAAGUGAUUAAAGAGAUGCCAGCAUGGCCCGGCCGCCACUUGCUGGAAGGUGGUGAGCACCGCCGAUACUUUGGAUUGAAGACAGUGUUGCGCGGUGUGGUUGAAUUUGAGUGCAGGAACCAGAGAGAGUAUGAUAUCUGGACUCAAGGAGUCUCAAGGCUCCUCGCCAUUUCUGCUGAAAAGAAUAACAGGCAGAGGAUGUGAAGAAAUGUGCAAUUUACACAUGAAGGAGAAAUUCUGGGGAAAUGGCCAAGUUGUGGGACUCUUGGAUUUUUGACUCCCUCCUAACAUAAUAGGGGUAUUUUGCAGUUUGGUGGGGAUAUUUCUUGGGUUCCUUAUUGUAAAAAGGAGUGAUUAAAAUUUAAGUGGUUUAUCAGAUAUUGGGGGGAAUGUGGAGCUUUCCUUUUUGUUUCUGAAUGGAAAAGUAGAGUGAUUUAAGUCGAAGUUAACACCAUGUGGUCCGAGUCUGUUCUGCUGUUCAUGAAAAGAAAAGGAGUAUAUUGGACUCUGUCGCAGUCCAAGUCAAAAAGCGAAGGAAAGGAUCUCAUUUUGUGUAAAGAACAAUAUUUAGUAGAGAAGACGUGCUUUUUAUUUAUUUUA